UCGUUCCCUCCUCUGUGUGAAUCUGUCAGGAAAGCAAUGUGUAUGUGUGUGCGCAUGUCUCCCAUUGAGAACACUUCUUUUUAAACUUACGGCACUCUCUUGGAGCGGUGGGCAGGCUUUUUCAGAGUGUGGGAGAGGAGUGGAGACACCCGUGGUGCUGUGAUUUGACUAAACAAACAGCCGAGCUCAGAGUGGUACCUCCUCCAGCAGACUCCCGGGACAGCAGAGAUUAACCUCAGACUCUGAACAUCUGAGGGAUCUAUACAUCUGAGGCAGCAGCCCCUGUACACAACCAGCUGGACAUCUCUCCUCUGAUUUCAGAAGGAGGGCCGACUGCUGUCCAGCAACCUCCUCGGACAGAGAGGGAAGACUCAUCUAUGCUUCUAAGAUCACCCUGAAGAAUAAAGUGCAUUGAAGGCUUCCACCAUGAGAGGCGUGACGGCAUCCACGCUCCAUCUGACAGUAACAGUAACAGCAGCUCUCCUCUAUUUCUGCACUGAGCUGCGUUGUCUGGAGAUCACACCCGAUGACAGAGAGCUUGUCCUGGCAGAGGGCUCCUCUCUCACCCUCACCUGCUCCGGCUCAGAGGACACUAGGUGGGAGUUCAAGAGGGAUGAUGUGCCUUACUUCCAAGUGGAACAAGUUCAGAGCGAUGGCCAAAGCUACCAAAUUGUGCAAAGCAGCGUCACAUCCAGUGUUUUGACCUUGAGGAACGUGAGCUGGAAGCACACAGGGGUGUAUCAGUGCACCGAUCGACACACUGAAGAAACUAAGGAUGUGGCUGUUUUUGUACCAGACCCUGAUGUGUGGUUCAUAGAGAGCUCACACGGCAUGGUAACAAAGACCAGUGAGGAGAGCACCAUCCCCUGUGUGAUCACCAAUCCCAACAUCAAUGUCACCCUGUACGAGAGGGACACUGAUCUGCCCGUCAGGGGGCUUUAUGUGCCUAGUGAGGGGUACAAGGCAUCGCUGGAGGACAGGACCUAUGUGUGUCGGGGGGAGCUGAACGACGAGGUUAAAGAGUCUCAGGCCUUCUACGUCUUCAGCAUUGUCGUCCCUGAGGCCAUCGACGCCUACAUCAAUGCGUCACAGACCAUCCUGAAACAGGGCGAACCGCUGACAGUAAACUGCACAGUGCACGGAGUGGAGCUGGUGUUUUUUUCCUGGGAUAUCCCCAACAGAGAGGUUGUUAAGGUCGAUCCACUGACAGAAUUCCUACCUGUCAUGUACAUGCGCUCCUGCCUGAUCUUCCCUCAGGCCACGGUGGCCCACAGCGGAAACUACGUCUGCCAUGUCCACGAGAGCAUCCAAGACCAGAAGGCCUCUGCCAGCAUCAACAUCACUGUGCUCGAGCGAGGCUUUGUGGAUGUGAAGGAUGCUCAGCAAAAAAACAUUUCAGCAAAGCUGCAAGAGAACGUGGAGUUGAGAGUGGAGGUUGAGGCCUACCCUCCCCCUCAGGUCCGCUGGAGCAAAGACGGCGCCUACAUCAAGGGAGAUAAAACCAUCACAACCAGAAGAGAGGAUGAGAUCAGGUAUGUCACUAUGCUCACCUUGGUGAGGGUGAGGAAGGAACAGAAAGGCCGCUACACUGUCCUCGUCACAAACGGAGAUGACACAGAGGAAGUGACCUUUGACCUAGAGGUCCAAGUCCCCUCUCAGAUUAAAGACCUGACUGACCACCACCUCCCUGGGAAGAGACACUUGGUGACCUGUGUAGCUGAGGGGGUCCCAACCCCGACCAUCCAGUGGUACAGCUGUGACAGCAUGCACCAGUGUAGCAACCAAACAACGGUGUGGCAGCCGCUGAUACCAGACCCCGAGCUGCUGAGCAUCCGGACCAAUGUCAGCUACAGCGAGACUCGAAAAACCAGCCAGGUGCGGAGCCAGGUGACCUUCCACAAGCCUCAGCAGGUCACAGUGCGCUGUGAGACCAGCAACCAGGCAGGACUCAUCGACAGGAGAGACGUCAAACUGGUGUCAAGCACACUUUACUCCCAGGUGGCAGUAUUGGCUGCUGUUUUAGCCUUAGUGGUCAUCAUCAUCAUAUCUAUCAUCAUCCUCAUUGCUGUGUGGAGAAAGAAGCCACGCUAUGAGAUCAGAUGGAAGGUGAUAGAGUCAGUGAGCCAGGACGGUCAUGAGUACAUCUAUGUGGACCCCAUCCACCUGCCCUAUGACCUGGCCUGGGAGAUGCCACGAGACAACCUGGUGCUGGGUCGCACUCUUGGAUCAGGAGCCUUUGGCAGGGUGGUCGAGGCAACUGCGUAUGGACUCACUCAUUCCCAGUCCAGCACAAAAGUGGCCGUGAAAAUGCUGAAAUCUACAGCCAGGAGGAGUGAGACUCAGGCUCUGAUGUCAGAGUUGAAGAUCAUGAGUCACCUGGGUCCUCACCUCAACAUCGUCAACUUGCUGGGAGCUUGCACCAAACAUGGCCCUCUGUAUCUAGUGACUGAGUACUGUCGCUAUGGCGACCUGGUGGACUACCUGCACAGGAACAAGCACACCCUCCUGCAGUACCAAGCAGAGAAGAACCAAGACGACGGCUGCCUCAUCUCUGGAAGAAGCACUCCGCUCAGCCAGAGGAAAGGCUACGUGUCCUUCGGAAGUGAGAGUGAUGGAGGUUACAUGGACAUGAGUAAAGACGAGCCCACCAUCUACGUGCCCAUGCAGGAGCAGAUGGACACCAUCAAGUACGCGGACAUCCAACCCUCUCCAUAUGAGUCGCCCUACCAGCAGGACAUCUAUCAGGAACAAGAUGGCAGCAGAUCGGACCUGGCCAUCAGUGACUCUUCCAUUCUCACCUACGAUGAUCUGUUGGGCUUCAGCUAUCAAGUGGCAAAGGGGAUGGAGUUUCUCGCCUCCAAGAAUUGUGUCCAUCGUGACCUCGCAGCCAGGAAUGUGCUGAUCUGCGAGGGCAAACUGGUGAAGAUCUGUGACUUUGGACUGGCCAGAGACAUCAUGCAUGAUUCCAACUACAUCUCUAAAGGCAGCACCUUCUUGCCGCUGAAAUGGAUGGCACCAGAAAGUAUUUUCCAUAAUUUGUACACCACCCUGAGUGACGUGUGGUCAUACGGCAUUCUUCUUUGGGAGAUUUUCACUAUGGGAGGAACCCCCUACCCUGAUUUGCCCAUGAACGAGUUGUUCUACAGCGCUUUGAAAAGAGGCUACCGAAUGGCCAAACCUGCACAUGCCUCUGAAGAAGUUUAUGACAUCAUGAAGAAGUGCUGGGAUGAGAAGUUUGAGAAAAGGCCAGACUUCUCCUUUCUGGUCCACAGUGUUGGGAACAUGCUGGCAGACAGCUACAAAAAGAAAUACAGCCAAGUCAACGAUAACUUCCUGAAGAGUGACCACCCGGCAGUCGCCCGCACCAAACCCAGACUCUCCUCCCCAUUUCCGAUCGCCAACCCAGCAUUCGGCACCCCGUCCCCCCAUUACAUCCCCCCGGACCCCUACAACCAUAGCCCGAGCCCUGGAGAAUUCAGACAAGAGGCAGACACACAGGAAGUCAUGACUUCAUACAACGAAUACAUCAUUCCCAUCCCCGACCCCAAGCCGGAGGACGUUUUCACUGACGCGCCAUCAGAAAGCCCUGCAAGCUCUCUGGCUCUGGAGGAGGAGACCGACUCCAUGUCGCAGGACACUGCUGACACUCUCCCAGAGGAGGACCGGCUGGAGGAGACCAGUGAGAGAGAUGCUCUGCUGGGUUUCUCUGGGACGCCCGAGGUAGAAGACAGCUUCUUGUAGCCUGAUAGUAACGAAAACAUCCUCUUUUCUGGUAUUGAAACCUGCUAGAAAAAGUGAACGUGACUAAACUAGAAUGUAGCAAAAUUGAGACUGAGAAGGAAAUCUUUGUAUCUCCACUAAGCACCCGAAAGGUUUUGCCCUUGUUUUGAGUUUUGUAUCAAACUUAGUACCUCUGAAACUAAAAUGGUUAGAAAUAAUGAGCAUGAUGUUAUCAUUUAGUCAUUCAUAAGACACUUGCCAUACUAUAAAUACGGUACUCUCCUCACACUCGGUAGAGAAUCACUUUCCAGUAAUGUGUUUACUGUAUUUUUUAUUGUAGCCAGAGACUCAUGAGGCCUUAUAAGAUAUUUGGUUUUCUAAUGAGUUGUUUAGUUUAGUUAUUCACAAAAUACUGUCCACUCAAGAACAAUAUGUAAUUCCCACAUUAGUGGGAAUAAUUGACAUUAUAUAAUAGACUACAAGCAACCAUGGAAAGUACGAAAUUGGAUUUUAACUUUGUGUUGCAUUUUUUUUUCUUAAGUAUGACCUACAGCUGCAUUCACGGUAUUGUAAUAUUUUGCAAAAAUCUUAUUUCUAAGAGGUGAAAUACAGACAUGCACUGUUUUACUAUGACAUGUACUUUCUUUUUAUUUACAUAUACCAUAGUGCCAGACAUUUUCAGUUCUCUUUAUUUUUUUGAGAGAAUUAUAUGAAAUCUAUAUGUCAUUUGUGAAUUUUGAAUACUUGUUUUGCAUAGGUUUAAUUCUUAGCUCUGUGCCACAUUUGCACUUUAUUUAGACAAAUAUGGAUAUCCAUUAUGGAGAUAUAAAUAUACUCUAAAAUAUAGAUUUAAUAGUUCAACUUAAACAACUCAAUCAGUUUCUGUGGUAAAAAGUGACUAUCUCAAGGGAAACACACUAAAUACAGCGUAUCACUGCCUUAGCAUACGAUGAGUGCCUUUGUACAGACUGACUGAUGUUUGCCUUCCAGCUAAUGUUGCUCGCCGAUUAUGGAGUUUUUUUUAUGGAGGGUUUAGCCAACAUGAAGAGAUACUCUACUCAAGAAACCUAGAUAGCCUUAUGUAUACGUGUUAAACUGAUGCUUUUAGUCUUCUACUGCAUUGUUUAUCAUUCACUCACACAAUGUUUCAACUGUCAGUCCUGUAAUACUGACAAUAGUCCACCAUUUAAAACAAACACGUUGUCAUUUUCUGUAGCAAUUAAAAAUGCACAAGAUCACUGUUUCACAAGCUAUGGUACCAAAGCUCUUCUUAACGUUUACAAAUGUAUUUUUUAUAUGUGCCAUUUUGUGUGUUGUAAAUGUGACAAUAAAUGUGUAUUAUCAU